AUGCGGCGGAAAAUCCAGUCGCUCAUCGUCGGAUAUAGCGUGCCGGCCAUCUGGUUCACCAUUAACCCGAACGACAUUACGAACCCGGUGAAGCUGCGACUGGCGGCAUACCGCACACGCGAUCCCGACGCGGCCGAGGAGUUCUUAGAAGGCCUUAGGGAUGCGUAUAAGCGGGCACGGCUGGCGAUAUCGGAUCCUAUGAGCUCGGCCGUGUUCUUCCACCGCGAGAUAAAGCUAUUCUUCGAUCAUUACGUGAAGGCGGCGUAUCGCGAGCGAAUCGUCCGAUAUAUCGAUAGCGUCUUCUCAGAGGAUCUGGACCAGGAAAGUUUUUGCGCCGUGUAA